CAGCAGUCUAUAGUCUAGAAUAGCCAUGUAGGGUACAUAUCCAGCAGUCUACCAUGUAGCCAGCUAUCUACAGUAGCCCAGGUUUGUUUACAUUUAUAGAUUAACCUCAGUUUGAACACCACCAUGUCGCUAGCUAUCUACAGUAGCCUAGGUUUGUUUACAUUUAUAGAUUAACCUCAGUUUGAAUACCACCAUGUAGCUAGCUAUCUACAGUAGCCUAGGUUUGUUUACAUUCAUAGAUUAACCUCAGCUUGAACACCACCAUGUAGCUAGCUAUCUACAGUAGGUUUGUUCACACUUCUUCUGACUGGCAGCCUGGAGUAAGCACCUGUGUUGUUGCCGAGCAACCGACCCGCUGUUAGGACUCUGGGCUUCAUCCCGAAACAAAAUGGAGCACCUCGUUGUUUCGCAAUGGACGUAAAUGUUCACAUGACAGCGAUAAAUUAUACAUUUAAUAAAAACUAUUGCACCAACAAAUUGAGUCAAAACCCUGCAUGUUUUAAGUCCAAUGGUGACUUUAUGGACGCUAUAGUCUCGUUUUAAUCCGACGUCUAGAAUUUGAGUUUGGUAGACUUAGGUAAUCAUCUUAAAACUAAAUAACAACCCUGUUAAAAAAUCUGGUAAGUGUGUUGUAUACCUUCAAUUGAUUAGCACAUUUUCAUAGAGAUUGGUGUCAUAUUGGCUUAGAAAUGAUAACAGGGACAUUUGAAUUUAAUACUGAGCUUCAUCCAAUCCCUAUAUAGACGCGACUGACGUCAGGGUGUAUGUUCCUCUCUGUAUCUACCUGAACCUCACCUGUUUUAACCUCUCCUAACCUGUACAUUUUAAUACCUGUUGGAUAUAUAUAUAUUUAACUACCUGUAUGUUCUGUCUCCUCCAGGUCCUCUCCCUACCGCUCCGUAUCUACUACUACCUGAACCAUACCUGGCCAUUCGGCCAGCCUCUCUGCAUGUUGUGUUUCUACCUGAAAUACGUCAACAUGUACGCCUCUAUAUUCUUCCUGGUGUGUGUGAGUGUGCGGCGCUGUGAGCUCAUCAUGCAUCCGCUGAGGUACCGUUCCAACAGACGACGAGGGGACAUGUGUGUAUGUGCCGCUGGCUGGUUGCUGGUCUGUCUCGGCUGUCUGCCUUUCCCUCUGCUCCGAAACACCAGCCUGACCCCUGACCUCUACACUCACACUGCCCCCUAUGACCUUACCCCUAACCCCUAUGCCUCCAGUCCUAGCUCAUAUGCCCCAGCCUCCACCUCUUCCCCAACCCCUACACCUGGCCCUACCUCCCUGGUGGCAGUGUGUUUUGCGGAGCUACCCAUGCGUGAAGUGAGCCCUGCGGCCGGCUGGGCUCUAAUGGUGGGGGCGGAGCUGGUUGGCUUCAUCCUCCCUCUGAUCCUAAUUCUGACCUGCGCCUGUCUGUCAGCCGGCAGCCUGCGAGUCCACAGGGGGGAGGGGGAGGGGGGAGGGGUGAAGGACCAUGGGGAGAAGAAGAGGGCGUUGAGGAUGGUGUUGAGCUGUGCCGGAGUGUUCCUGCUCUGCUUCUCCCCAUACCAUGUCACCAUGCCACUAGACUUUCUGGCAAAAGCCGAUGCCCUGGGGAGCUGUGAGGUCAGAGAGAUGGUGCUGCGAUGCCAUCCUGUCACCCUCUGUCUUGCCAGUCUCAACUCAGGACUGGACCCUCUCAUGUAUUACUUUACUACAGAUGAGUUUAGGAGAAGAUUCAGCAGGCCAGAAAUACCUGAAAGCUUCAGUCUGGCUCCAAGACUAUCCUGUAUUAGUGGUGGGGGGGAGAAGGACCUGCCUCUGACACCUGAACCUGACCUAUAACCCCUCAGCAGGCCAGCGAUACCUGAGCGCUUCAGUCUGGCUCCAAUAAUCUCCUGUACUAGUGGUGGGGGGAGCAAGGACUUGCCUCUAACCCUGACCCUGGCCCCAAGACUGUCCUGUACUGGUGGAGUCUGUAAGAUUGAACCCUGACCUCUAACCCCAAGACUGUCCUGUUCUGCUGUGGACAGCAAGUCAUGGGGGGGAAAGAGAAACAAGGACAAAGACUGAACCCUGACCUCUAACCACAAAACUGUCCUGUUCUGCUGUGGACAGCAAGUCAUGGGGGGAAAGAGAAACAAGGACAAAGACUGAACCCUGACCUCUAACCACAAAACUGUCCUGUUCUGCUGUGGACAGCAAGUCAUGGGUGAAGAGGGGAAACAAGGACAAAGACUGAACCCUGACCGCUAACCACAAAACUGUCCUGUUCUGCUGUGGACAGCAAGUCAUGGGUGAAGAGGGGAAACAAGGACAAAGGGAACAAGGAGAGCAUUUCAAAUGUGAACUAAAGACAGUUUAUUACUCCAAAUGUGGACAUCUGCUGGACUGCAUUUGGAACUGCCGGUCUGUGGUAAAAAAAUGAGCGUUCAUCUCAGCCUAGGCUGACCUUCAGUCCCUAGACUUGUUGGUCCUGGUGGAGAUAUGGAUCACCCCAGUGAACACUGCUACUCCAGUUGCCCUGUCUUUAUCUGACUACGUUUUCUCUCAUAGUCCAAGAACAUCUGGUCAUCACCGUGGUGGCACAGGGCUACUCAUUUCUCAUAAUGGGAGAUUUUCUCCUUUCUCCCUCACCUGUCCAUCUCCUCAUUUGAAUUCCAUGCUGUCAAUGUCACUUGUCAACUAAAGCUUAACAUUGUUUUAAUCUAUUGCCCAUCAGGUUCCCUUAGAGAGUUCCUCAAUGAGCUUGACACCUUGAUAACCUCAUUUCGUGACAAUGUCUCACCGCAAUCUCCUUUUCUUUCUCCCUUUCCUCCAACCAUAACCACUCAGCCCCUACCUAGAUGGUCAUGCACUGUCGCAAUCUUCUCUGUCUCUCUCCCACUACUCUCUCCUCUUCUAUCCUAUCUUCUCUCCCUUCUGCUAAAUCCUUCUCCCUUCUGUCUCCAUAUUCUGCCUCUUCGACUACCCUGGACUUUUUUUUCACCAGAUGAAAUCCUGCGACUAGUGAUUUCCGUCUGCCUGACAACCUGCCCACUUGACCCCAUCCCCUCCUCCCUUCUCCAGACCAUCUCUGGAGACCUUCUCCCAUUCCUCACUUCCCUCAUCAACUCAUCCCUGACCACUGGCUGCAUCCCCUCUGACUUCAAAAUGGCAGAAUCGCUCCCCUCCUCAAGAAACCAACAAUUGACAUCAGAAACUAGAGAACGAUAUUCUAGAUCCUAACCAGUCAGGCUUCAAGACGGGUCACUCAACCCAGACUGCUCUCCUGUGUGUCACAGAGGCUCUCCACACUUCCAAGCUGACUCUCUCUCGGUUCUCAUCCUCUUAGAUCUAACCGCUGCCUUAUCGUGAACCAUCAGAUCCUCCUCUCAACCCUCUCAGGGCUGGGCGUCUCAGGCUCUGCCUCCACUCCGUCCUCUCAGGGCUGAGCGUCUCAGGCUCUGCCUCCUCUCCAUCCUCUCAGGGCUGAGCGUCUCAGGCUCUGCCUCCUCUACAUCCUCUCAGGGCUGGGCGUCUCAGGUUCUGCAACUAUUGAAUUGCAUACUACCUGGCAGGCUCCUCCUACCAUGUGAUGUGGAGAGGUUCGGUAUCUGCACCACGCACUCUCACUACUGGUGUCCCCAGGGUUCGUUCUAGGCCCUCUCCUUUUCUCUCUAUAGACCAAGUCACUCAGCCACCCCCUUCUCACACACAGUUGGCAACACGCAUCUCUGUGGACCACCUCAACCUCGACAAGACAGAGCUGCUCUUCCUCCCAGAGAAGGCCUGCUGCUCCAUGACCUCGCCAUCAUGAUUGACAACAUCACAGAGUCUGCCUCCCAGAGUGCAAAGAACCUUGGCAUGAAUCCAGGCCCUUGUCAUCUCCAGUCUGGACUACUGCAACUCACUGUUGGCUGGGCUCCCCGUUUGUGCCAUCAAAGCCCUGAAAUUUAUCCAGAAUGCCGCAGCCCACCUGGUGUUCAACCUUGCCAGGUUCUCCCAUGUGACACCACUACUCCGCACACUCCAAUGGCUUCCAGUUGAAGCUUGCAUCCACUACAAGACCAUGGUACUUGUCUACGGAGCAGCAAGAGUAAUUACCACUCCCUACCUCCAGGCUUUGGUCAAACCCUACACCAACCCAUCCACUACAAGACCAUGGUACUUGUCUACGGAGCAGCAAAAUGAACUGCCCCUCCUUACCUUCAGGCUAUGCUGAAACACCCCAACCCAAGCACUCCACCUCUGGUCUCUUGGCCCUCCCACCCCUAUGGCAACUCCCGCUCAGCCCAGUCAAAGCUCUUCUCUGUCCUGGCACCCCGAUGGUGGAACCAGUUCCCCUUGAAGCUAGGACAGCAGUCCCUGCCCAUCUUACCAAAACUUGUGAAGCCCUACCUCUUCCAAGAGUACCAUAAAAUGAUCCUACACCCCUCCCCCAAAUUAAAAUAACCAUUCGUGAACUAACACUCACAAGUUUUACCCCCCCAAAAUAACACUGACUUUGCUAAUAGCUACAUUAUUGAGGAAUAAUCUACUUAGUAUGACUGAGCUAUAUGGUUGUCCCACCUAGCUAACCCUAUCCCUAUCUUGAGAUGAAUGCACUAACUGUAAGUCACUCUGGAUAAGCGCUUAAUGACUAAAAUGUCGAUGUAAAUCUGCUGGACACUGAAGUUCAGCUGAAUCUGGGGAGAAAUUAUUCUGUGAAUAUUAAGCUUGCUAACUGUUAAGUUCCGAAGAAGAGCUUUAACUGUAAAUACUUUGGACCGUGCUGAAAUGCCUGAGGUUAAUUAAAACAUAUUUUUUUCGA